AUGCGCAGGUCCGCGCCGACGUUGGACCUGGCUGCCAGCGGCCACCACGUCCGCCAUGCCGCCGACGCCCAAUCUGCGACGCAGAAGACGCCCAUGUCUCUACCUGCCAGCGACCUGUCCGAGCCGACCAGCUACUUCGACCUCCAUGACAGAAGCCCGCCCUCGCCGGGCUCUGCCCGCAGCGAGCCGCUGUCCAUUAUGCUGCCGCCCACGCCCACCACCACUGCCAUGGCUCUCGCUACCCUGCAGUACCUGCCCGUGCCGCUCCUUGUGCUGUCAUCACUAAAGACGGUCGUGCUGGCUAAUGAGGCCAUGGGCCGCCUGCUGGAGGUAGACCGCUGCGCAAGUGAUGAGAAGGACAGGGAUGCUGUGCAGACUGUCACCGACAAGUUGCACGGCCAGACUGUGUCGGAGCUUGGCAUCGACAUGCUGCAGGACGGCUCCCCGAUCUGGAUUAGCUGGGAGGAUUUCCUCGAUUCGGUCUGGAAGCAAGCGCAAGGUGAAGCCGAGGGGGGUUCUGCCGAAAUGGGGAGUGAAUCCGAUCAAAGUACGCCAACAUCGACGCCCAAGCCGAACUCGCUGUCCUCUAAGCCCUCUCUACCAAAGCUGAGCAAAUCCAAUUUGGCUCGUACGACAGUGCACGAUGUAUCGGUUGACAUUAUCAUCUCACUGCGCAAAAACGGCACUCCACGUCCUUCCCCACCCAAGGACGGCCGGAGGCUGAAGCCGCGACCGGAGAGUGAUGCCAUCCAGGCCACCAUGAUCAUUUCCCCGCACCGUAGUUCGGACAUCUGCUGGAUUCAGAAAAUCUCCAGGAUCUGGCUCGAGCUCCUCUUCAGGAAGACGAUCGCAUCAAAGUUCCAACCCAGGCUCGGCUGUCGCAUGAAGGAUGCCAUUCUUGAUUCGAUUGCUAUGCCGGCUUAUGCCAUGUGGAAAGAUGAGAAUUUCGGGAUUCCCAACAAGGCAAUGCUAAGGUUUUUACCCAAUGAAGGUGCAGACGCACCAAUGGACCAGAGGGAGUUCUUGGAGUCGUUCAGGGCCUACACAGAGGAUUUCAAGAGGCAACUCGAAGUCGAUGAAUUUCCCAUUGUGCAAAUUUGCCGCACCAAGCAGCCUGUUACCCAACGCCGGGUAGGGAUGGUCAUCGCGGACACGGGCGAGAGAAAGGUCUAUGAGAUCGUGGGGGAGCCAAUCCGAGACGACUGCUCCGGAGAAUUCCUUGGAGCCAUCGUCGUCUUCAAAGAUGUUACCGAGUACACAAAGAAAAUUGCCGAGCAAAUCGAGGAGAACGAGAAACAGUUCGAGUAUAUCACUAACCUGAUUCCGAUUAUGAGGUGGUACGACUAUACUGGUCUCACGGAAGAAGAAUCUCUAGGUAAGGGCUGGAAACUGCCUUUCCAUGAGGAGGACAUGCCCGAGACGAGCAACCGCUGGCAGCAUUCUCUGCAAACAGGUGAGGAAUAUAACACCGAGUAUCGGUGCAGACGCUACGAUGGCAAAUGGAGAUGGAUGUUGGGCCGCGCUGUGCCUUUCCGCGACGACAAUGGGAAAAUCGUCAAGUGGUUCGGCACCUGCACAGACAUCCACGAGCUAGUCGAACUCCGAGAGACCGCGAAACAAAUGCGAGCACAGCUUCUGCGUGUUCUUGAGCAUGCUCGCGUCACUCUAUGGGCUGUAAAUCGCGAUAGGAAAAUCGUCCUUCUUGAAGGCAGCCUCCUCAGCGAUUCAUUCUCACAUGUUACCAGAGAAAAAAUCGGGACAGAUCUUUAUGACCUUUUCAGCCGCGACGAAGCUGGCCGAAAGACGAUAUCUGAGCUCAAAGCUUCGGUUGACAGAAUCAUCGACGGCGAAGACACGGCGGAAGUUGUUGAGAUGCAAUUUGACGGAAAUAACCGCUGGUAUAGGACGCGUGUCGCGCCGUUGAUGGUGACAUCCCGCCAGGCAGGCAUCGAGAUGGAUUCAUACAUUGAUGGCGUCUAUGGUGUGAGCAUGGAUAUCACGGAGCUUCGCAAGCGUCGGGAGGAACUGGAAGCGCGAGAAGAGGAGAAUUCUAAACUCGUCGCCAACGCCGUUGCUGCCAAAGAAGCAAGCAGGAUGAAAAGCCAGUUCCUCGCCAAUAUGUCUCAUGAAAUCCGCACACCGAUUGCGGGAGUGAUUGGAAUGAGCGAGCUGUUACUUGACACAACACUGGACCAAGAACAAAGAGAUUGCGCCGAAAACAUUCAGAGGUCGGCCAAUGGACUGCUCACGGUCAUCAACGACAUCCUUGAUCUUUCUAAAGUCGAAUCGGGGCGACUGGAUGUUGAAGAGGUUCAAUUCAGUCUUCUGGUAGUCCUCAGAGAUGUCAACAAGAUGAUGGCGUUUGCUGCUCUUCGAAAGAACAUCAGCUACGAGAGCAACAUCCCGCCCGAGAUUGAGCGAGAUCUCAAAGUUAUGGGAGACCCAGGUCGACUGCGCCAGAUUCUAACAAAUCUACUCACUAACUCCAUCAAGUUCACAUCCGAAGGACAUGUCAGCCUGUCGGUAUCCAUCAAUAGUGAGAAUGAUGAGACGAUCAACGUCCGCUUUGUCGUGGAAGAUACUGGCAUUGGCAUUGAGGAGGAAGUCAGACGAAGACUUUUUAAGCCCUUCAGCCAGGCCGACUCGUCUACAGCUCGCCGUUUCGGCGGGACGGGGCUUGGUCUGGCCAUCAGCAAGAAUCUCGUCGACUUGAUGCACGGCAAUAUUGAGCUCGAGUCUACUCUUGGCCAAGGAACCAGAGCCUCAUUCUGGAUUCCAUUCAAUAAGGCACAGUACCAAGAUGAAGGUUCUCCUCUUAUUGACCUAGCAUCGAUCCCCGAUCGUCUUCAGUCAGAUAUUUCUGUCUCAUGCGGCAGCUCUGAGGAUUAUGGAACGCCUCCUCUGACGCCAGUUGCGCCCAACAGUGGAAAGUCUCCACUUCGGCACGACCACCUCUUCGCGCUUCCAGAAACGGAACGGAAAAAUGUCCACGUUCUGGUUGUUGAAGACAACCAAGUCAACCAGCAAAUCGCCCUGAAAACGAUCAGAAAACAAGGUUUUGCAGUAGAUGCGGUGUGGAACGGCAAGGAGGCGCUGGACUAUCUAGUCGAAGCCAAGGAUGGUAAACGUGAUCGUCCGGACAUAAUCCUCAUGGACGUUCAAAUGCCGAUUAUGGAUGGCUACAAGGCUACUCAUACGAUUCGGACUGAAUCCCCCUUCAAGGACACGCCAAGCAUUCGCAACAUUCCUAUCGUCGCGAUGACAGCAUCCGCUAUUCAAGGAGACAAGGAGAAGUGUCAAAAGGCCGGAAUGGACGACUAUCUGUCAAAACCAGUGAGGGGCAAGUUGCUUGAGAAGAUGUUGGUCAAGUGGGCAGUUCAUGGGAGACGCAAGCAGGAGACGGAUCCUGCACAAGGGCGAAACAGCACUGUGCCGGAAACUAUACAAGAGUCCGGGGAUGAUUCAAAAGAUCACACAGCAUCGUCGAAAAAGGCCUCAUCCAAUCCGCCAACACCACGCACGGAAUCGACGGAAUUUAGCGAAAACGACGGCGACAAACGCAAUUCGCUGACGCCCGCACUGGAUCGGAUAUCUUAUCGGGAAUCAAGUGCCAUGCAUAGGACUGACGAGAGUGAGGGCGAACGUGCCGUCCGCAGAGCGCAGCAGGAAGAGAAGGCCGCUGAUCUGCGUGAUGCGAAGCUGCUGUCAUCAACGAAUGAUCCCCAUAGGAGACCUCAAGACACACCGAAAGCGACAGAACAAACUCCACAAAGAAGAGGUGAAGCAAGCCACGCUCUGACAAGAGAGAAUAUGGAGAAACUAGAGCUCAAGCGCGAAGACGGUAACCGCGAAGAACUUGAGCGUUCAAGUGGGUGGCUCAGAACCGCCUGA